AUGCAUAGCAAAUAUGAAUCACCCGUAAUUCGCGUGUCUCCCAACCGAGUUCAUGUCAAUGAUGUGAAAUUUUAUGAGACUGUAUUUCGUACAGGAGCCCCUUAUUACAAAGAACCCGAGUUCUAUAGUUCCUUGGGCGCCGACGGGGCAUUGGCCUCUCUUACAGAUCCAGCCGAGCACCGAAAGCAUCGCUCUUACUUGAGCUCGCUAUUCUCCGCUCAAACAACGGUUGCUUUGAAACCUCGACUCCUGGAGACCUUGAUCAAAACAGCCGGUUAUCUCCAAAAGGCAGCGGUGAAAGGCAAAUCAGUCAACAUACAAAAUAUCUACAGCGAGCUCAUCGGCGAUGUAGUCUGUGAGCUCAUGUUCGCGGAUAGCUACAAUUUCAUCGAAUCCGGCGAUGAGGGACACCCUCUGUUGAACGAGGUCGACAAUCUGGGGUCUCUUACCUGGCUGAUGAUGGAGUUUCCUGGCAUAAAAACAGUCAUGAAAGCUCUCCCUUCUUCUAUAGGUAAUAAGCUAAGCCCGGAAAUUGUUAGCUUCAAAAAGUUCUGUAAGGACCGGCUGGAGGAGGCACAACACAGAAAGCAAUCUGGCAAUACCCCUUCCAGGAAGUCAUAUUUCGAUCUGUAUUUGGAAAUUGACAGUCGCAAAGACACCAUACAAAACGUGGCGGAUGUGUUCGAUGGUGCAUUCAACUUCAUGACUGCAGGAAUUCACACCACUGCUUACACUCUAUCCUGGGCUACCUUUAACAUUCUGAGCUCGCCAUCUGUUUUAGUCAAGAUCCAAUCGGAACUAGAUGAAGCCAAGGUGGCGAUACGUGAUGACUUCGAUCCAAAGGCGAUUCAAAAUCUGCCGUAUCUGGGAGCGGUCAUCCGAGAAACAAUGAGGAUGGCCGACCCGGUGCCUGGCUAUCUUCCCCGUGUGGUGCCGAAGGAGGGAGUUCAAGUUGGAUCAUUCUUUCUACCUGGAGGAGUAAGCCUAUAA